GAGGAAGCAGCAUCUCUGAAAUCAUCAUGGACUCAGUGAUCUUCAAUUGGAGAUGGGAAUCUGUGAUGAGUCUGGACCUUUGCAGCGUCUACACUUAAGGAUCAAACUUCCUUUGAUAACACUGACUAUUUUACUUUUUGGGAUAAAAAAAUAAGAUAAAAUAAAAUAAAGCUGGACUGCUUUUGAUUUGGGUAGAUUGAAACAAUAUGUUGUAUUGCAUUUGAAGCUUUGUCAAGUCAGACGUCUGAUUCUCCUGUUUGGUCUGAACUGCACCAAACAAAGAGAGGAUUAUGGAUUGCACAGAGAGAUACAGGACAUGAAGACAUCUGAGAAACAAAUGGAGGAAGUUCUCAAUGAAUAAUGGCCGACAAGACUGGUCUCAUGAUAGCCUCUCCGUCAAUUCAAUCAAUCCCAAAUCUCACCACAGCCCAAUGGGAGCCCAAUCCCACAGUUCCUGCAGAAGUGAACGUCGUCACGAGCUCCCAGUCACAGAUAAAGGACCUGUUUGGGUUGUUCUGCAUGGUGACCCUUAACCUCAUCGCCUUGUUGGCCAACACCGGCGUGAUGGUGGCCAUUGCUCGGGCACCUCACCUGAAGAGGUUUGCGUUUGUGUGUCAUCUCUGUGCGGUUGACCUGUUGUGUGCCAUCCUCCUCAUGCCUCUGGGGAUCAUAUCCAGCUCGCCGUUCUUUGGCACCGUGGUCUUCACUGUUCUGGAGUGUCAGGUUUACAUCUUCCUCAACGUGUUCCUCAUCUGUCUGUCCAUCCUCACCAUCACAGCCAUUAGUGUGGAGCGUUACUUCUACAUCAUACACCCCAUGCGUUAUGAAGUCAAGAUGACCAUCAACCUUGCUGUCGGUGUAAUGCUCCUAAUCUGGGUUAAGUCGGCCCUCUUGGCUCUGGUCACACUGUUCGGUUGGCCAUCUUAUGGACAUCAUAGCUCCAUCGCUGCUGCUCACUGCUCUCUGCACGCGAGCCACAGUCGUCUGAGGAGAGUAUUUGCUGUGCUCUUCAGUGUGGUUUGUUUCCUGGUCCCUGCGGUGGUUAUCUUUGCUGUUUACUGUGCAGUGUACAAGGUCGCUCGUUCUGCAGCCCUGCAGCAAGUCCCCGCUGUGCCAACGUGGGCAAACGCGAACAUUGCCAAGGAUCGCUCAGACUCCAUCAACAGCCAGACCACCAUGAUUACCACCACCCGCACUCUGCCCCAAAGACUGUCUCCAGAGAGGGCCUUCAGCGGAGGCAAGGCUGCUCUUACUCUGGUGUUCAUCGUGGGCCAGUUCUUGGUUUGUUGGUUACCGUACUUCAUCUUUCACCUGCAAAUGUCUCUGACUGACUCCAUGCAGAGCCCCGGCGACUUAGAGGAGGCGGUCACCUGGCUCGCUUACUCCUCCUUUGCAGUGAAUCCGUUCUUCUACGGCCUGUUGAACAGACAGAUCAGAGAGGAGCUGGUGAAGUUUCGACGCUGCUGCCUGACCCAGCCCAUGGACUUUGGGGCAUCCAGCCACGAGGGCUCCCUGCAGGAGAACUUCCUCCAGUUCAUCCAGAGAACCAGCAGCACAGCUGAGACCCAGUCCAGCUGUGCUAACUCCAGCCCCAGAAACACUAUGAACCAGGGGAUAAAGAUUCCUGGACAAAUACCUGAGGAACAUGCCUGAACAUUAACCAACCUGAACGAAGGACAACUGUCCUAAUAUAUAUUAUAUUUGUGCAUAUUGUCUCUAUACAAUACUGACAGGCCCAUAUUUACAUUUAAAGGAUUAUUAGUUUCCCUAAUUGUUGCUUCUGUCCCCACAGGGUGCAAAGAGGUCUCUUAAUGAUGGGCGGCAAAAUCAAUAAUCAUUUUUCUUUGACUGAGAACAAUGACAAGUAUCGAUUUUGUCAUCUAUUACUUAUCUGUGGCUAUUAAGGCCAAAAGGAGCCAUCAGACCAAGGCCCAAUUCCUUUCCCUUGGCCCCACCCCUAGAUAUGAAGUGCCCUUUGCUGGUAGUGUCCUGCUCCAUUAAGAUCCAUUAAUUAUUGUCUGACAAAUCAAUCCAAAAUGUAAAAACACCAUGUCUUUCAAUGUUUAAGUGAAAAAAUCCAUUCUGUUGUUUUUGUGUAAUCUUGCCUUAAAACACACAAACCAACCUACAAACAAACGUUCAGGAGGACAAACAUAAUCUCAAUGGUGGAGGAAGUAAUACUUUAAUGUACAUGUGUAAUGUCAGUAUUGUUUUUAGACAGACCUAAAAAAUUUGAUUCCACACUUAAAAUAAAUGUCCAGUGCCUUUCUCAGUUUAAUUCAGGUAAGCGUUUUCAUUACAGGUCAAGGUGCUACAGCUCUACUGUGGCCUGAAGUAUUUAAAUAAAUGUGAUAAAUGUUCCCCACUAAGUAAUUUCACAAUACAUCGUCAUUGGCCUGGUUUCAUUCAAUUCAAUUCAAUUCAAUUUUAUUUGUAUAGCGCAAAAUCAUAAUAUACAUUAUCUCAAGGCACUUUCAUAGAAGGUCAAGACCUUAAAAUCGUAUUAAUAUAGAGAAACUAGGGUAGAGAGGGUAGAUAGGUGUUUUAAUGGUGUUUGCUAAAAUGUUUUAUAUGUUUAUAAAUGUGUUUAUAUGGAGCUUUACUACAACAACACAAAGUGUAACAAUGGAAGUUGGUAAAUGUACAUUUGUUGUGUAGAUACAAAGGAUGCAGCGUUAUUUGGAUUUUCUGGUGAUAGCUGGACACUAUUUGGCAGCACUCUUACUUUUGCCACUCAACCUCAGUAUAAUGCUUUGGGUUACCUGUGGCCUUGAUAGGAUAAAAGCCGUCUGACUGGGUUCAUUAAGGCUGAAGAGUAAGCGAGAAAUAAACGUCAAACUUUAGUUUAGUCUUGUCUUCUUCUGCUUUCAUGAAGCGGCCUCAACCAGAAAACACUGCCCCCAACUGCCACAAAGGUCAUUAUUUCUCCCCUGUUCGUUUGUUGGUUGGUGUGUUUGUGAACAAGAUUACACUAAACCUACUGGAUGGGUUUUCAUGAAGUUUGGUGGAUAGAUGCACAAUGGGUCAGGGAAGAUCCCAUUAAAAUUGGGCUGUGGUUCCAGAUCAAAAGGCUGAUCCAGGAAUUUGUCCUAUUUUUAUAAUUUUUUUUACUAUCUUUUACAUUAUGAGAUUUAUAGAAAAAAAUAGCCAAGGAUCGAGGGAAAUUUGGUGCAGCUUUAAUUAAUUCAAGAGGACUGUUGGCGGGGGUGCAGUGCUCCACUGAGUGUCAUUCCACUCUAUUGUAUUUGAAUGAGAACAGAUUUUCCACCAUAUGAAAAUAGGUCGGCUCUACUGUCAUUUAUUUCAUGCCAAUAACAAUAUUCUAUAUUUGCCAGUGUUAUAUUGAUACCUGACACUGGUGCAGCAUUGUAUUUGAUGUCAGUGUUGCCCAGCAGUGUCGUCUACAUCUGAGGAAUAACUUGAUAAACAGCAGCACAGUGCGACUCCCACGUAUCACUUUCAGAGCACCAGCAUGUUGGUGGCUCUGCAGAGUGCGAGCAGCUCUCAUGAAUCGGAGAGACAAUACCUCAGAGUUCCUGCGUGCAACAGAUAUGCUGCUAGACGCUGAAUGUCAUCCGCCCCUGUCGUCAUGGAAAUUGAGUGAGCCUGUGACUCACAUAGCAACAAGGACCUUUCGCCUGGAUGUAUGCUUAAGCUUUGGAUUCUGAUUGGACUUUACUAAUUCUGCCUCAUGUCUCCUUUCCAGAUGCAGACUGAUUACAUAAGGUCUAUACGUUCAGAUAGAAGCUCAUAUCAUAUAAUAUGGACAUCUGUAAUAGUGACAUGGUUACUGUGAGGCGGAGAUAGUGAAUUUCCAAUGGAAAUCAUUACUGGGCAUUGAUAAAGCUCUAAAAGUGGUGACAAAGUGCUAUUUUAUGGCCUCCGCUAUUUGUAUUAGUCUUUCACAAACAGUGGAAAAGACAGAAUAGUGUGGUUACUGCAAGUAACAGCAAACACCAUUUUGCUGUCACUAAUUGGGAUAUUCUCCACCAUGCUUGCAUAACUGUGAUAGUGUGCGUUAAAUAUGUGGUGGGUUAUGCAUUAGGGGGAUAUAAAUGCUGCAUAAACACACACAGUGUGAACCUAUGUUGUAAGACUAAUGUUUAGAUAUCCUCUUGUAUAUUUUUAUGUCUGUCUCUGUCUUUAAUGCUCGUCUUCACAAAUGCAUAACGAUUAAAUAAUGAAAAUAUCGGGUUUGAUUUCAUGAACAAAAACUCAAAAAACUGGAAUGGCACUCCCAAAAAAUAAUUUCUAAAUAUGUUCCAAUUAAUUUACCAAUUAAUCGACUUAUCAUUGCAUUGUUGUUUAUAAUAUUGCAAGUAAAAUAGCACAAUAUGACAACAUAAAUAACAUAAGACAAAAGAUAUUAAAAUGAGCAUCAUGGUGUCAUUUUAUGCAACUUUCAAUUGAAAUGAUUUUUUUACAAACAUUUACCAAAUGUGGUAAAUGAGCUUCUGUUAAGCUGUGGAUCAUCAGACCUCAGACACAAUCACAAGACAAUAUGUGGGGCUCAUCAUCGCCAUGGUUUCCACACACACACACACACACUCACGCACAAAUUGCUAAUCAAAUGCCACCAUUCCACUACGACUGCAGUAUUUCUGCUGGAACUGGGAGGACAUGUUGCAAUGGUAGAAAAUGACUAUUUGGUCCAUGUGAUUGAAAAUUGUAGGUAAUUUCCCCUUCAAGGAUAAAUGUGAGGGUUUAUUAGAAAAAUAAAUAUUAGACAAAACAUGGCCAGCAGAGAGCGCUAUACACCAGUAUACCAAAGGAUUGUUUAUAUAUCUCUGAAAGGAGGGAUUCUAGGAAUUUUAUAUAACUGUAAUUUGCUAAGUGAGUGCUGAUGUUCUUUUCAAAAUAAGAAUGACAUCUCAGGGUUCAUUGGAUAUUCUGACAUAGGCAGCAAAACACGGAAAUAAAAGGCCAGUGUGUAUGAACAGAUGUAUUUUUCUAAUUCAGUUCAAAAUGUAAAGGUUUAGUAUCUGAGUGUGUAAGACAGUAAGAAGGAUGCAUUCAAUAAAUGAGAGGAGAAUGUUUGCUGUGAAAUAAGCAACUAACAUAAACAUAAAAGCAUUAAAAAGUACAUUUUAUAAAACUUGGAGAAAAUAAAUAGUUAACUAGUUGCAUGUUUUCCUUUCAACCUCAUUGUUUUGUUCUCCAUCACAGCUCUCAUCAGCAUCAUUUCCAGCAGCAACCGCUAUUUCAGGGAGUAAUCUCUAAAAAAACAUUGUAUGUCACCUGCACAGCAUCAGGCAGCAGAUAAAGUUAGAAACUAUGGACAUGGUGGAGCAUUCAGUAGCUUUAAAACCAGACUGUCCUCGAGAGUUGACUCAAAUCAAAACUAGAGAUAAAACAAGAGAAGAAACUUGUACUUGUGUAGAUUUGUGGCCAGAAAUAAAUCUGUAAAUGAAUAUUUUAGCCUUUUGUUAAAUGUUAAAAUGUGUUUAUAUCAACUUUCUAUAUCUGCAUCUCAG